AUGAGGGCCUCCAUGUCUCGCCAGGCUUACAGCACCAAAGGGGGCUUCAGCUCCUCCUCAGCCUCUGGUAGUACUCAGAUGCACACCAGCUUCAGCUCCAUGACAAUGUCCAGAGGUGGGAGCAGGUUUGGGGGUGCUACUUAUUGCAGCCCAAGGGGUGGCUUUGGCAGCUAUAGUCACCAUAAUUUGGGUGCUAAUAAAAGAAUCGCUGUCAGUAUGACUCAGGGGACAUCUCAUGGGAGGCCCUUUGGGUGCUUAGGUGUUGGGGCUGGAAACUUUCUAGGCUUGCACACCAGUAGGCCAAACUUUGGGGCCUCCUGCCCCCCUGGAGGCAUCCAAGAGGUAACUGUCAACCAAAGCCUGUUGACCCCCCUCAAUGUGGAGAUUGACCCUGAGAUCCAGAAGGUGAGGACUCAGGAGCGGGAGCAGAUCAAGAUCCUCAAUAAUAAGUUUGCCUGCUUCAUCGAUAAGGUACGGUUUCUGGAGCAGCAGAACAAAGUGUUGGAGACCAAAUGGGCCCUGCUUCAGAAGCAAAGCCAGAACAAUAUGACUGCCAAGGACCUGGGGCCAUUCUUUAAGCAAUACAUAGGUAACCUGCAGAGGCAUCUGGAUGGCCUCAAGAAUGAGGGGAAGAAGCUGGACCAUGAGCUGAGUGAUGCACAGGACAAGAUGGAAAAAUUAAAGAUCAGCUAUGAGAAAGAAAUCAACAAACGAACAGCAGCAGAGAACGAAUUUAUCACCCUCAAGAAGGAUGCUGAUGCUUUGCACAUGCUCCAUGCAGAUCUUCAGGGCGUCUGUGACUCUCUGUUGGAGGAAUACACCUUCCUUAAGAUUCUCUAUGAGAUGGAGUUGUGCCAGGUCCAGACUCAUGUUUCUGAUACCAAAGUUGUCCUGUCCAUGGAUAACAACCGAUGCCUGGACUUGGACAGCAUCAUUGCUGAGGUCAAAACUCAGUAUGAGGAGAUUGCCAAGAGGAGUCGAGCAGAGGCAGAGUCAUGGUACCAGACCAAGUAUGAGGAGCUCAAGAUGACAGCUGGGAAGCAUGAGGAGCAUCUUCGGAAAACAAAGAAAGAGAUUGCAGAGCUUACCCAUACUGUGCGGAGACUGAAGGGGGAGUCUGAUUCAGUAAAGAAGCAGUGCCAGCAGCUGCAGACAGCCAUUGUGAAUACAGAGCAUCGUGGGGAGUUGGCCAUCAAGGAUGCCAAGAAGAAGUUGGGAGACCUAGAAACAGCCCUGCACCAUACCAAGGAAGAGCUGGCCAAGCUGCUGCGGGAUUACCAGGAGCUGAUGAAUGUCAAACUGGCCUUGGAUAUGGAGAUUGCGACCUACAAGAAGCUGUUGGAGUGUGAGGAGAGCAGAAUGUCCGGAGAGUGUCCAAGUGCUGUUAGCAUUUCUGUGACAGGCAGCUCUACGAGUGGGCAUGUUGGCAGCUGCAGAGGUGUUAGCAGUGACAGCUCUGGGGAUGGGGCCUCCUUGGGUGAAGGAGUGAAAGGGAGCUCCGCUUUGUCAAGCUAUGUCAAAGCAGAGCCUAUCCUUGGGGAAACCUCCAUCCUGAAGAAUACAAGUAACGCAAUUACUAUGUCUAGCCAGAGAUAUUAA